AUGGAGACACUCGUAGCGCUCCUCCUCGGAGCGCUCCUCGUGCUCCUAUACUACCGCCUCCCGGCGGCGGCGGCAAGUACACACGAGGCCGUGUGCCACUGCCACGACUGCACGCAGCUGCGGCACGGCGCGGGUGCCAGCGCGAGCGCGAGCGCGCAGAGCUCGCCGGUGAAGCGCGCCGUGUCGUCGUCGACGCCGGCCGUGGUGCCGCGCGAGCCUGCACGUGUCGAGCCGCCAUCUGAGCCUGUGUCUGCGCCCGAGGCGCCAGCUACGGCCGAGGACGACUGGCCCGAGGUCGAGGUCCAGGACGAGCCGGCUCCGGAAUCUUCACUCAACACACAUUCGCCGAGCUUUCCGCGCGACCCGCUCCCCCACCUCGUGCCCACGUUCAAAGGCAAGCCAAAGGCCCCAGGCAAGUUCGUGUGCGACGAGUGCCAGCCGCCGAGACACUUUGUCGCGCCGUUCGCACUCAAGAAUCACAAGACGGAUGCGCACCCGACCCGCGCAAAGGACAAGCCCAAGCGCCCCUUUGGGUGCCGGUACUGCCGUGAAGGCUUCCCGUCGUACGCCGAGCUCGCGGCGCACAGCAGCGCCGCGCACCCCGAGCGUGCGAGCCGCGCUGGCGGUGCACAGGACGCCGAGGACCCAUGGCACCAGCCCUCGACGCCGGCCGCUACCCUCCCGUGCCCCAAGUGCCUGGCGACGUUUGCCAGCGAAGAUGCACUGCAGGAGCACGCCGCGGACGCGUUCGCACACAGCUUGACCGACAGCCCGCACUGGCCGAGCUUGAACAAGCCUGCCGAGCAGAAGCGCGUCGUGUGGCCCGUGUCCGCGACUGAGCCGGAUACGGUCGCUGAGCCCGAGGUCGUCGUGGAGGAGGAGGCUGUGGCACCGGUUGUCUGGGGCGAGGACGGGUGGCCUGUGAGUCCGGGGGUGAAGGACAAGGGAGAGGACAAGGACCACGACGAGGGAGAGGCGGUGGAGAAGGAGGGCGGCGACGACGUGCAGGACGUCGACGACACUAGCGAGGACGAGGGCGCGUCGCCCACCUCGGCGAUCAUCCUUACGCCCACUGGGGCCGCAAACCUGUCUGAGAAUCAGAGCGACACGUGCGCUGCCUCGCCCGAGCCGGCAGGCUUGACCGAGUCGACUACGGAGGAGGCGCCCACGGACGACGCGAAAGCCACUUCGACUCCAGAGGCGAGUCCGCCUACCCUCACCACCGAGCUCGCGCCUCCGUUCUCCACUACCCCCGCCAAACUGGCAACUACACCCUCCAAGUCUGCCCCCGUGUACGAGAGCAAGACUCCAGCUCCGGCCGCGCGCGCCAUGGCUCACCUCACCGCAACGUCGUUCACGCCCGUCGCCCCCGGCGCCGACCCCUCGUCCCCGUCGUUCAGCUUCACACCAACGCCGCACAAGUUUAGCUGGUCGCGUAACAACGCGUCGUCGACGCCGACCUCGGGAUCAUCACUCGUGCCGACGCCGGACAUGCCCAGACCAGCCACGCCGUCCCAGGUCCCCACGGCCUCGCCUCUUCCGCCCGCGACUCCACCGUCCUGGGCGGACGAGAGCCUCCCCGUGUCGCCGACGUCGCCGACCAACGCUCUCACGCGCACGACAUCGGCUUCGUCCGCUCUGUCCUCGUCCUCGAUCUGGGGGCCUCCAGCGAACGCAUACAAGACCGGCUUUGUCACUUCCUUUUCGCAGCCCGAGUCGUCUCCAGAGCCGGCCCCGAACCCGUACGGCGGGCUGGCAGGCAAGGACGCCCCGUGGAAGGCGGCCGAGUGGCGCCUGCGCAAGCCGAUCGAGCGCACCGAGAGACCCGAGCGGAGCGACAGACCCCCGCGCAAGGACAAGGACAGGUCGUCUAUCCCGCCGCCCUUCCCGCUCGAGCAGCGCGAGUGGGCCAGCGUGCCGGCCUACUCCGAGCCCUCGGGGGACCUGUAUUCGCGCGCUGGUGGACAGGAGCGCGCGGGGCGCGGGGGAAAGAAGCGCGGCGGCGGGAAGAGAGGAGGAGGCAGGACUGCCGCGCCCCUCCAGCCCAUCUUUGAUGAGUGGACCAACCUCGAGACGGCGGCGGCGACGGGCAAGCCCAAGGCCCCUAGUGUGGGCAGCUCGAGCAGCGGGCAGAGCGUGCGUGGUCAUGGCCGUGGCCGUGGUGCGUCGUUUGCUUCCCGCGGUGGACGUGGCGGCGCUGCUCGCCAGCGCGAGGCGCAUGUGCCUGGCUCUACGGGCUGGGUCGACCAGCAUGUCCUCCCGCAGCCCAUUGCUGCCGACGGCGAGGACCCCUACGGCGGGUGGUAG